UUACUUUAUUUGGUUUGGUUGUAAUGUACUUUGUUUUUUGGUCAUGACAACUACUAUAGUUAAUUCAGUGAAUGAGUUUCGUCUCCUCUGCUACUACCUCAGUUAGGUUGAGACAAAAACUUGUAUUGAAUAUUGGUUUGGGCAUAGAAGAAUAAAACUAGCAUUCUUUUGGAAGUUUUUAUAAAAUAUGUAUAGGGGAGAUGAUGCCUAAUUAUUAAAUUAGUUGAUGAUCAUUAUGGUGAUAUGUUGUAAUUGAACAUGUGUCUUGGGAAUUUUAUGCAUGUAAGAAGGUUUUAGUCAAACUUAUAGAAGAGGUUUCGCCCAAAUUUUCAAAAAAUGAGUAGGAGUUGGAUGGCGAAAGAUAGGUUAUCAAAGGAAUAUGAAGAUGGAGUUGAGAGUUUUAUUGAAAUAGCCUUGAAAAAUACAGUGGAUCCUAAGAGAGUUCAUUGUCCAUGUCAAAAGUGUUCUAAUUUGAAAAAAUUGGAUAUAAAGGAAAUAAAAAAUCAUUUGUAUUUCAAUGGAAUAGACAAAACUUAUGUUAAGUGGAUAUGGCAUGGAGAACAAGUUGAGUCUACCCCCAAAGUACACAAUGAAAAUAAAGAAUUUGCUCAAGUGUUUGAUGACCCUAUAGAGAUGAUGAGAGAUGCAGAUGAUCGAUUUGUGGAUAGGCCAGAAGAAUUUGUAAAGUUCUUAGGAGGUGCAGAGAAACCAAUUUUUCCAGGGUCACCUAUGUCAAAGUUGGUUGUUUUGGUAAAAUUAUACAAUUUAAAAGCUGGUAGUGGUUGGAGUGACAUAAGUUUUACAAAGUUGCUUGAUUUGAUGAAGGAGAUUUUACCAAAAGACAAUGAGAUGCCUUCUUCCCUUUAUGAGGCGAAAAAAACUCUGUGCACUUUAGGAAUGGAUUAUAAAAAGAUACAUGCCUGCCCUAAUGAUUAUGUUUUAUAUCGCAACAAUUUAGAAAAUGCAACCGAGUGCCCUACGUGCAAGACAUUGAGAUGGAAGAGAGGUACAGAAGGAAAAGAAGGUAAGAAAGGGAUUCCAGCUAAAGUAUUAUGGUAUUUGCCACCGAUACCAAGAUUUAUACGUUUGUUUCGGAAUCCAGAACAUGCUAAAAGUUUAAGAUGGCAUGAGGAUGGAAGGAUCAAAGAUGAUAAACUAAGACAUCCAGCAGAUUCAUUAGCUUGGAAAACUAUCGAUGAGAAAUGGCCUGUAAUAAAAAAGGAUCCUAGGAAUCUUCGACUUGGUCCUUCAGCUGAUGGCAUCAAUCCAUUUAGCAAUAUGAGCUCGUCUUACAGUUGCUGGCCAGUGAUAUUAUGUAUUUACAACCUCCCUCCUCACCUUUGCAUGAAAAGAAGAUUCACAAUGCCGACUUUGUUAAUUUCAGGAAGUAAACAACCUGGAAAUGAUAUAGACGUCUAUUUGGCACCGUUGAUAGAUGAUUUAAAGUUGUUGUGGGAUGGAGUGGACUGUUAUGAUUCUUUUAGUAAAGAAAGUUUUAUACUGAGAGGGUUACUUUUAUGGACAAUUAAUGAUUUUCCAGCUUAUAGAAACUUGUCGGGGUGUUAUGUUAAGGGUUAUAAAGGAUUUCCAAUAUGUGGGGAGCAAACAAGUGCAACAAGAUUGAAGUUUUGUAAAAAGACUUGUUACAUGGGGCAUAGAAGGUUUCUACCUGCAGAUCAUUAUCUUCGUAAUCAAAUGAAAGCCUUUAAUGGUAACCAAGAACUACGAGGACCUCCACCAAUAAUGACUGGUGAAGAGAUUUAUGAAGAGAUUCGUUUGAUAAAUAAUAGAUUCGGAAAACCAGUCACAAAUACCAAAGAAUGUGAAGACAUUGAAAGUAGGGUCAAAUCAAAGGGUAAAAGUAAGACGAGUAAGAAACGAAAACGUAGCAAGAAACAUCAAGUGAGCAAUGAUGAUUCUUUGAAUACUACAUGUUGGAAAAAGAAAUCAAUUUUUUUUGAAUUGGAGUAUUGGAGACAUUUGUUAGUCAGACACAAUCUCGAUUUCAUGCAUAUUGAGAAAAACAUAUGUGAUAGUUUGAUAGGAACUUUACUCAAUAUUCCUGGAAAAACUAAAGAUAGUAUAUCUGCUCGUCGUGAUCUCGCUCUAAUGUCUGAAUCGAAAAAAGAGCUGGCUCCUAAAGUAGAAGAGAAUCGAACAUAUUUACCUCCAGCAUGUUACACAUUAAAAAAAGAUGAGAAACACCAAUUUUGUGAAACAUUGACAAAGAUUAAGGUGCCAGAUGGUUUUUCAUCGAAUAUUCAAAAUUUGGUUUCCUUGAAAGAUUGUAGACUACAGGGUCUAAAGUCUCAUGACUGUCAUGUGUUAAUGCAACAAAUGCUUCCAAUAGCUAUUCGAGGCUUUUUAGAAAAUCCCGUGAGAAAUGCUAUAACCAGAAUGUGUUUCUUCUUUAAUGCCCUUUGCUCUAAAGUUAUUGACGUAUCAAAGUUGGAGGUUAUUCAAUUGGAAAUUGUGAAGACUUUGUGCUUGUUCGAACAAUAUUUUCCUCCAUCUUUCUUUGAUAUAAUGGUUCAUUUGGCAGUUCAUCUAGUUAGAGAAGUCACCUUGUGUGGGCCGGUUUGUUUUCUAUGGAUGUACCCUUUCGAGAGGUUGAUGAAAAUUUACAAGGGUUAUGUGCGAAAUCGAAGUCGUCCAGAGGGUUGUAUAGUUGAAUCUUAUAUAGUUGAAGAAGCAGUUAAAUUAUGGCAAGAGAAGGAAAAACCUACUUUAAUGGAAAAAGAAGAUUGGGAGGUUGCUCAUCAAAAUGUCUUGGAGAAUACAGUUGAGGUUCAACCUUAUAUAGAAGAACAUUUGCAAUAUCUAAAUAAGGAAAAUCGAACAAAAUCUAGAAAGCAUAUUCAAGAAGAGCAUCAUCGUACCUUUCAACAUUGGUUUCUUGAUAAGAUUCAGAAAGAGUUGACCGAUGAGUUGCAUGAAGUUACCGAAACUUUGAGAUGGCUUUCAUUAGGUCCGACUCGAUUGGCAAUUAAGCACGACGUGUUUAUAAUUAAUGGUUGUAGGUUCAACACUAAAGCUCGUGAUGAUGUUAGGGUCACCCAAAAUAGUGGUGUAAGUAUUGUAGCUCAAACCUUGCAAGUCUCUAGUGCACGUGACAAGAACCCUAUAUAUGGUGAGAUGAAAUUUUAUGGUGUCAUUCAAGAAAUAUGGGAGCUUGAUUAUCAUGAAUUUAGGAUACCGAUGUUCAAGUGUGAUUGGGUAGACAGCAAAAAUGGUGUGGAGAAAGAAAAGUUAGGUUUCAUUAAAGUUGAUUUGAAUAAAAUAGGACAUAAAAAAGACUCAUUUAUAAUGGCAAGUCAAGCUAAACAAGUGUUUUAUGUUGAGGAUCCUUCUUCAUCAAGAUGGUCAAUAGUGCUUGCUUCACAACCAAGAGACAAAGUGCAUGAUGACGAUCAACAACAUGACUUUGGUGAAUUACAAAUUUCAGAAAAAGAGAUCAUGGACCCAUUUGAUGAGCACCUUGAGGAGUACCUAGAGGGUGAUGAUGAGCAAGCUGAUGUUGAUUCCAUUGAUGAGCAGACUGAUGGUGGUUCCAUGGAUGUUGAGCACGAGGAGGAGGAUAAUAAUAAAGAGAACGCGGAAGAUAAAAAGAAAACACAUAAGCGGACACGAGGCAUAGUGCGAUUGACGAAGAUCAUACCAGAUAAAAUUAAAGGAAUCAAACGCCAUUUGAGGUUCAAUAGCAGGGGCAAUCGAUCGAGACCCCAAACAGAGAGCUUCAAUGUUAUUUAG